AAUGAAGAACGCUAGUGAAGGAAUUUCAUUCUGAACCUGGACCUUUUUUAAAAAAAUGUACAAUUGGCGAUGCUUUCUCGCUAUUAUAUUUGUACUUGUUUGGUACUUCUCAGAGUUUGGACAAAUAUGGACACAAGCGUUCUUUUGUUUUUUAUGCUUUUUAAAUUUCCCUUUCAAAAAGCAAGACCGUGAAACAAGCACUCAAACGGAUGAUACACCCGAGGAAACAGCACGACAGUCAAAGAAAGGUCACAAUGUUGGUGCCAUUGAUGAGACUGAUGCCGCCAGAACCGGACAAAUUGUGUCUCAGACAAAGCAAUUUCCAAAUGUACAGAGGUCUCUCCUCCGGGUGUUUAAAUGUGCCUAUACUCACCUGAUCCAGCCAUGGUACACUGUCCCAGAACUUGGCGACAGUCAGCCCCUUUAUAGGGCACUACAGGAGGAGUAUAGUUUUGUUGUCGAGAAAAUUAUUUGCAAGGCCAAGAACUUUGAUCUGUCUGCUACAAGUGUGGGUUGUAUUAGGAUCUUCACUCACCACCUGCAUAAUGCAAAACAGUCAGACAGAUCUCCAGUGUUCAGUUCAAGGUCAGAGGAAAUGGCAGUCCUCAGAACUUUCUCUGAAGCUCUGGUGCGAAACCUUUUCCCUGAGUACCUCUGGGAAGCAAAACUCUACCAGUCUGUCCUAACUGAGAUUGUAGCUACAAAAGCACUUGAUGUGCUUGUGACAUGCCUCUGUAAUCCAGACAACCUGAAUCAGAUGGUGGUUUUGCAGUUGGAUAGAGUAACCCCUAAAAGCUCAAUGGGAGACCUGGUAAACUCAAAUAGGGAAGGCACACCAUCCUCUAUGGGAAGUGAAGAAGCAGAAGAAUUGACAGAUGAAGCAGAGGACGGUCGGUCUGAAGACAUUAAAGGAAAGAAGAAGGGCAAUAGAAUCAAAGAACAAUUUUCUAAAUUUGUUGAUAAGGUCAAGUUAAAGAAAGCCAAAAAGAACAAACUCAAGAAGGAGCAAGAGCUUUUUCAGAGGGCUUUAUCAGCACGUAGAUCUGCUGUUAUUGAAGAUGAUGGUGCAUGCAGCAGAGAGGGCUCCAUCAAAAGCUGCCUGGACUCUGAUUAUGACAGUGAAACGGAUGUUUACCUAACAACUCUCCAAGAGGAUUUGAUGGAGUUUAAGCUUUCCUAUGAGAUGUGGCGGGUGGGGAAAUGGGCAGUCCGUGUCACAAAUGUUCAGAAGGAAAGUGAAGAUCUGUGUUUCACGGUUCACCUGGAGGAAAGAAAUAACCCUGAGAAUCUCCACUGGGAUGUGAAAAAGACCCAGUCAGAUAUACUUAAUUUUUAUAGCCUCUGGCAGGUGAGAGGGGAAAUGGAUACUUCCACUUUACCCUCUAUUUCUGCAAUAGUAGAAAACACAGAAAAGGAACUUGAUGACGCAAACACAGAGGAAGUGAGAUCAGCCUUUGAGCACUUUUUACAGGAGCUGGUUUCUGAUGCGCAGCUUGGUCACACUCAGCCUGUAUUCCAGUUCUUGGGCCCUUUUGCAGGGCUGCUGAGUGAUAAGGAACAUGAGGGAGGUGUGUGGAGUCUUCUAAAUGGACUUGCAAGCUUCCUCACUCCUAGCCACGAUGAGGAAGAGUCCCAGAACUGUAGAGGAGAGGAUAAGCUUGAAGCUGAAGCAGGAGCCCCAAAACAUCACGGUGGACCGACAGCACAGCAAGCCUGCAUUGAUACACAAGAGCCAAAGGGGGGUGUUGUAGAAGGGCCAAUGGCUACAAUCGUACGGUUUUGUAACCCCCAUGAAGAGACUGACCCCUUUAAAAGUAAAGAACCAGAUAUACAAGACAACGAUCAGAUCUCUGAGGAUGCUGAUGUGGUUUCUGAUGGGCAGGAGAGUCUUGCUGAGAGCGUGGAUAUCUUUGUUAAUAGGUCAAAAUUAGUCAUUCCCACAGUAUACUCCAAUGAUAUCUCAAGCUCAGUCAUGAGCCAUACUGAAGGCUUGCAGUCUGACUCAGUCGACGGCGUUAGAAUUGCCCAGUAUGGGGUCAAAACAAACAAAAAAGAAAAGCUAACUUACAAAAAGUCAAAUGGAUCACAAAAGUUCAAAGUAAAAGAGAAAACUGGACAGUUCAAGGACGAGAUGACAAAUCAGCCUCAGAAAAAGGAACCCCAGACCAAUUGGGAGCAGGUUGAGGCCACCAAAGCCAUAUUUGAUUUAUUGAAGGAAAUAACCGGUAACUCAGUCCUCAUUAAUAUUGUUGAUGCCAUUCUAAAACCAGUCCAGCCUUUGGUAAAGAAGAAAAUAAACAACUUUUUAAAAAGGAUGCAUCCUACCAAAGAUCAGAUUGCAUCCUACAUUGACAUUUUCCGGGAGAAGAUAUGGCCAGAUGGAAACGUACCCCAACAGCCGCCACGGGACAGUGAGGAGAAAAAAGAGACCAAGGAAAAGGCUUUGCAGCUUAUAAAUUCAAAAUAUUCAAACUCUCUAAUCUUUAAGAAGACUGAUGUGGAAGCGGUGUUUAAGAUAUUCCAAGACACGGAGGAGAACAAGAAACUGGUCUAUAGGCUGCUUUCGUAUGUUCUAAUGGAGUUCCUGCCUGGAGAACCUGCCUUCAGUUCAAUAGCUAAUCUAACUGUGAAGGAUUGUUUUUCAUUAUAGAAAAAGGGUAUUUUAUUUUAUUAUUUUAAUAAUUUGUUUUUAAAUGUGCAUUACUUAAUAUUUUAUAUGAAUAUUCUUCAAAGAUGCAUUCUGAUAUUCCUCAUUGAGGCCAUGAGCAGCAUGAACACUUGUUUAUUGAUUUAUUGAUAUUUUAUAUUCA